GGAGAGAGAGGAGGGAGAGGGGGAGGAUCUGCUAAUUACACUGAACAGCUCUGGGGGCUGCUGAAGUCCAGAAUGAAGCAAAGAGCAGCAGAAGCGAGCGCUGCAGUGGGAGCAGAGGAGCCCGAGCAUCACCGAGAGCCAGAGCCAGUCGUUCUCCCUGCUGGGAGCGACCGGGGGCACCCGGAGGAUCCUGCAGCCCUGUGUCCCCUGGGGGACAUCCUCCGGCACAGCCACCGAGCCCCCUGCCAGCUCUGGGCAAGGAGAGGGGAAGGGGCUGGCAGUCCCGGGGGUGCAGGGUUAAGCUCAGCCAUCCGGCGGGCUGGGCUGGAGGGCAGCGGAGUCAGCCCCACCAUGGUCCCGGGGCGCUAGGAGCCCAAGUGGAUCCCUGAGAACGGGAGAAGGAUGGCUGCAGAAGGAGGGGGAGCCAAGCCCGUUGCCCGGUCCAGGAUGGAGAACUUCCGAAAGGUGAGGACCUCGGAGGAGGAGAGCCCCUUGCCCUUCCCUGACCUGCCCCCCGACGUGGUGGAGAUGAAGGUGAAGGAGGGCAGCAAGAUCAGGAACCUGAUGAACUUUGCAAUGGCUCAGAUGGAGCUGAAGGGCAGGCGGCAGAUUGUCUUCAGCGGCUCUGGCAGGGCAGUCACCAAGACCAUCACCUGCGUGGAGAUCAUGAAACGGAAGCUGGGAGGUCUUCACCAGGUCACCAAGGUGCGCUACAAAACCCUGUGGGAGGUCUGGGAGAACCAGGACCCGCUGCCCGGCGGCACGGCACAGAGCAUGACUGUCCACAAGAAUGUCCCCUCCAUCUGCAUCCUCCUCUCCAGAGACCCCCUGGACCCCAACCAGACAGGCUACCAGCCCCCGGAGCCCCAGAACGGGCUGGGGACACAGCCUGGAGAUGCAGAAGACACAUCCAGCUCCUCCACCAAGGGGCUGAAGCGGCCCCUGCCACCUCCCCAUGAGGAGCUGCUGACCAAGAAGUUGCAGGUACAGGCACCCAACAGCCCAAGGGGCUCGGGGACCCCGGACCACCAGCCAGAACACCACCACUGACCCCACCACCUCCUGCCCUGACCGCUGUACACCGGGUGUAGAGGCAGGAAAACACUCCCUGUAUAGGCAGGGAAUUAUAUGCUGAAGAAACUCUGGGGGCUUUUUAGCUGCUUUGCUGUAGAUAAAGGCACGGUGCUUGUUUUGAGGUCACUGAUGUGCUGUAGGGUCCCCCACCUGCUGCUCCAGGUGACCCCCAUGCAUGGGGGCUUGCAGCUGGGGGGGCACCAUGUCCCCAGAUUUGGGGUGGGGGUUAAAGGGUUAAACCUGCCAGCCCUUGGUUAUGGACUGAAGCAGGGAGGCAUGUGUUUUGGGGAGCCGCUAGCCCCACAUUCAGCCCCCAGAGGCAAUGUCCCCUGCAGUGACCCCACGGAGCCAGAGCGCCUGCUGCCUGUCCCCAAGGGCUGCCCGGAGUGGGGACGGCGGCUGCACAUCAUCGCUCCCCACUGCGGAGUCUCAGCCAUCAGGAGCGACAGUUUCACCCCAAGCCCGUUGGAGUAACACCUCCAUUAUCAAAAACACUGCAAUUACGCCCAGAGAGGAGCUGUCAGGUUUAUUAAUGCUGGGCUCAGUACCCCAUGGAGCCGCGAUUCAUCCCGAACAAAACACACCAACGAGCAGACCAGUCGCUCUCUCCCUGGGGGACAGCAGAAGAAAAGAAACCAAUCCUUCUCCUCCCCACAUCAGAUACUCAGGUCUUUGCUCGCCCAGAGGUGUUUGCAGGGACAGGGGCUGGGGUGAAGCCCCAGUGUCAGGAGCUGGGGGCUGGAUGUGGUGUCUGGAGUGGGAUGGAGAGGUUUUGGGGUGGUGGGCUUGGCUGCAGAGCCCUUUGGAGCAAAUCCCUUGUUCCUUCAGUGGGUAACGAGGAAACAAAUGGAAAAUAAAAGCUUUUUAGAUAUAGUUGAAAUAUGUUUAUGGGAAAAUGGUGGGAUCAUCUCAGCUGCGGACCACAGCACAGCAAGGUGAGACUGUCGCUGCUGCUGAGCCAGGAUGAGGAGAUCCCGGCCAAACCCUGUCCCGAGGGGGAAUGGGAUGUGGGAGGGUUUCUCCUACAUGCCCUGGCCUCGCUGGCAUGGCGAGCCUGCCAAAGCCCCUGCGCUGGGGACCAGGGAUGGGUUUGGGAGGCCAAGCAAGCCCCGAGCCCCCUCCUCGCCCUCCGGGGAUGGUGAGAAUCCCCUCUUUUGACAAGGGCUUUGAGCGGGCAUGAAAGGAGACAAGGGGAGUGAGGAGGAGGAGGAAGCAGGGGCUGUUUUGUUUGGCAAUGACCUUGUUCUCUCCCUCAGCAGCAGCUGCUUCUCCGGGCCAGAGGCUUGUGCUUAUCUGCCCUGCCACAGAUUGAGUCGCUUCACUUAUCUGCUGCCCUGUAAUUGAAUAUUAAUUUCCAAUUGUGUGUGUGUGUGUGUUGUGUUUUUUUUUUUCCAAUGACUAUUUUUUUGUAGGUUUAGGGCUGGGAGAGCUCUGGGCUCCAUCCCACCCAGCGAUCGUCAUACCAUCGUCCCCUCGCAGGUGUGGGCGCUGUUUGGGUUCAGCCCUCUGCCGGAGCACCAGGUGUGGGCUCCUACCCCACAUGCACUUAAAAUCAUUUUAAUCAAUAAAAUCUUCUGUAAAUACACUUAUCAGAGCCUAAAGACUGCCCUGAGAAUGAACAGCCCUUCACCUCCCCAGUGCUGCCCCACUGCUGCCAUCUCACAUUGCGCACAGCAAAGAGAAAAAAAUGUAUCAUUCAUUUCUUAUUAUUUUGUUGAUGUGCAAAAUUAUUUUUAAUCUAUUUUAUAUGUGGGCAAUUUCCAGUCUUCGAGGCAAGAGGAGCCUGGGGAUUUAGCACUCCUCACUUUGUUGACUGUGGACCAAGGAUUUCCUGCAUGAGAAGAUGUUUAGAAAAAUGACUGUAAACCAAAAAAAUGAAGCAUUUAAAAUAGUGUGAUGACACCUGGCUCCACAGGGUCCUAAGUUGACAUGAUGAUCUUGUGCUACGGCGCUGAGGCACAGCCCCAGGUGUCCAAAAAGAGCAAUUUUGGGGUGAUUUUUUGAUCCUGGUGGCUGGUUCAGCCCUGACCUCCUGCUGGCCCAUGGGGCGAUGGGCACCGACAGUGGCACCUGUGAGGUUUGGGGACAAGUGAGCAACUAUUUGAUGCUUUAUUUUCCUGAUUGUGUGCCCUCACACCUUGCUUGCCAGUCACAUUCAAAUAAUUUUCAGAAGACAGAAUUAAUUUCUUUGAAGUGUCUUUGGCUAUGUUCAUGUCAAUAAAAUCAGUGCUUUACAA